AGUUUUUUCGUUUUCAAUUCUACUCUGUUAAGAAUAAGUGAUUGAUUGCUUUGUUUUAUACGAAAUGGAUAAUCAACAAGAGAACCCUGAUGAUAGUUCGUCAAAAUACAUGUAUCCGAUUCAAUGUUCUGCUCUUAAACAGUCCGAUGUUGCGGUAAUUAAUGAUCGACCAUGUAAAGUCAUGGAAAUAAGUACCGAAACUGUGAAAAACGGAAAGGAAAAGUUCCAUAUUAAAGGACAGGAUAUUUUCAAUGGCAAUAAUCAUGAUAUUUUCUGCCCUCUCAAUAGCAUGAUUAAUAUUGCUGUAGUUUCAGAAAAAAAUUACGCAGUAAUUGAUAUUCUAGAUAAUGGUUGGUGUUCGCUUAUGGGUGAAAAGGGAGAAGUUCGAGAUGAUUUACGAUUGCCUGAGGGUGAACUUGGUACCAAUUUGUGGAAGUCUUUUGAAGAAGGUGAGAAUAUUUCAGUUACUGUUUUAUCCGCUUUGAACAUACACGAAAUCAUUCGUUGUGCACAAGAUGCCGUAGACGGUACUCCUAGUCGAAAGAUUGUUACAGAUUAAUUGUCGUUAAUGGCAAAAGAAAAAAAAAUACAAACGUUUAAAUUGGCAAACUACAGUUCGAAGUGCAAUGCGUUUCCAUUACAUGAAAUAUGUUCAAAAUGAAUUCUAUUAAUAAAUAAUCGGGCUGUAAAGCUCAUUGCGAGAAUUACAAAUAAACAAUAUUCAUUAUUUA